CUUGGUGGGCCGCGAUCCUGCGGACAUUGUCAGAAGCAGAAAGUUAAGAUUGUGAUCUGACUCAAUGCACAGCUCAGCAUGGUAGCUGCCAGUACUUAAACUUGGACCAGAGUGGAAGAUUCCCAAAACAAGACAGUCCACUUUUAACGACCAUUAUUAAUGCAAUGAAUGACUUUCAGAAUUAGUUUUUGCUGCAUGUCUGGUAAUGCUACUUAUUGUAAAGUAUAUCACUCGAGGCUGCGCAGCACUUAUUGGAGAAGCUUAUCUGUAUUAAGUUCACUCUUUCUAGGGGGAAAUAAAAUGGGAAGGUCUGGUCAGGAAUAUUUCCUAGCUCAUGUUGCCACUCUGGCGGGAGCCAGUGUCUGUGCUGGGAGUCUUCACCUCAGCAGCAGUGUGAUCCUCGCCAUGCAGAGCAGGCUACUCCCCAAGACUGCUGGCAGGACCAGUACUUCCUAGAAAGACUCAUGAGAUGGCAGCUCUCUUGAACAGUUACUUUCUCCGCACCACCUGAGGCCAUAGCUGGGUCUCAGAAGAGGAAGGUUACCAAUGAUUGGAGACACACAUGGAGAUGGGCCUUGGAACUAGGACUGUUAUAGCAGACUAUGUCUAUUUUGAGAACUCCUCCAGCAACCCGUACCUGAUCCGCAGGAUUGAAGAACUCAAUAAGACAGCCAACGGGAAUGUGGAGGCCAAGGUGGUGUGUUUCUACAGAAGGCGAGACAUAUCCAGCAGCCUCAUCGCCCUGGCCGACAAGCAUGCAACCCUGUCAGUCUGCUAUAGAGCCGGACCGGGGGCGGACACCGGCGAGGAAGGGGAAGUGGAGGAAGAGGUAGAGAACCCAGAGAUGGUGGACCUGCCUGAGAAACUGAAGCAUCAGCUGCGGCAUCGGGAACUGUUCCUCUCUCGGCAGUUGGAGUCACUGCCUGCCACCCAUAUCAGGGGCAAAUGCAGUGUUACCCUGCUCAAUGAGACUGAGUCACUCAAGUCCUACCUGGAGCGUGAGGAUUUCUUCUUCUAUUCUCUAGUCUACGACCCACAGCAGAAGACCCUCCUGGCAGAUAAAGGGGAAAUCCGAGUAGGAAACCGGUACCAGGCUGACAUCACCGACUUGCUAAGAGAAGGUGAGGAGGAUGGCCGUGAUCAGUCAAAACUGGAGACCAAGGUGUGGGAAGCCCACAAUCCACUUGUGGAUAAGCAGAUUGACCAGUUCCUUGUAGUGGCCCGCUCCGUGGGCACCUUUGCACGGGCCCUGGAUUGCAGCAGCUCCGUGCGGCAGCCUAGCCUGCACAUGAGUGCCGCAGCAGCCUCCCGAGACAUCACCCUGUUCCAUGCUAUGGACACGCUGCACAAGAACAUCUACGACAUCUCCAAGGCCAUCUCAGCCCUCGUGCCGCAGGGGGGGCCGGUGCUCUGCAGGGAUGAGAUGGAGGAGUGGUCAGCAUCAGAAGCCAACCUUUUCGAGGAAGCUCUGGAAAAAUAUGGGAAAGAUUUCACAGACAUUCAACAAGAUUUUCUCCCAUGGAAAUCGCUCACCAGCAUCAUUGAAUAUUACUACAUGUGGAAGACUACCGACAGAUACGUCCAGCAGAAACGUUUGAAAGCAGCUGAAGCAGAGAGCAAGUUAAAGCAGGUUUAUAUUCCCAACUAUAACAAGCCAAAUCCAAACCAGAUCAGCGUCAACAGUGUCAAGGCCAGUGUAGUGAAUGGCACAGGGACACCAGGCCAGAGCCCCGGGGCUGGCCGGGCCUGCGAGAGCUGUUACACCACACAGUCUUACCAGUGGUAUUCUUGGGGUCCCCCUAACAUGCAGUGUCGCCUCUGCGCAUCUUGUUGGACAUAUUGGAAGAAAUAUGGUGGCUUGAAAAUGCCAACCCGGUUAGAUGGAGAGAGGCCGGGACCAAACCGCAAUAACAUGAGUCCCCAUGGCAUCCCAGCCCGGAGCAGUGGGAGCCCCAAGUUUGCCAUGAAGACAAGGCAGGCCUUCUACCUGCAUACUACCAAGUUGACACGCAUUGCCCGGCGCUUAUGCCGUGAGAUCCUACGGCCAUGGCAUGCAGCACGCCACCCCUACAUGCCCAUCAACAGUGCAGCAAUCAAGGCUGAAUGCACGGCACGGCUGCCCGAAGCUUCCCAGAGCCCACUGGUGCUGAAGCAGGUAGCGCGGAAGCCCCUGGAAGCUGUACUCCGGUACCUUGAGACCCAUCCCCGACCCCCUAAGCCUGACCCUGUGAAGAGUUCGUCCAGUGUGCUCAGCAGUCUGACCCCUGCCAAGUCAGCCCCUGUCAUCAACAAUGGCUCCCCCACCAUCCUGGGCAAGAGGAGCUAUGAGCAGCACAAUGGGGUGGAUGGCAACAUGAAGAAACGCCUCUUGAUGCCCAGUAGGGGUCUGGCAAACCAUGGACAGACCAGGCACAUGGGACCAAGUCGGAAUCUCCUGCUCAACGGGAAGUCCUACCCCACCAAAGUGCGCCUCAUCCGUGGUGGCUCCCUGCCUCCUGUCAAACGGCGGCGAAUGAACUGGAUUGAUGCCCCAGACGAUGUAUUUUACAUGGCCACAGAGGAGACCAGGAAAAUCCGCAAGCUGCUCUCAUCCUCAGAAACCAAGCGUGCUGCCCGCCGGCCCUACAAACCCAUUGCCCUGCGCCAGAGCCAGGCCUUGCCGCUGCGGCCACCCCCACCUGCACCAGUCAACGACGAGCCCAUUGUUAUUGAGGACUAGGCAGCCCCCCCGCAGUGCUGUGCGGCCUGCCUGGGCCCUCCAUCAGAGGCCAAGCGGCCUCCCUCCCCCACCAGACUGCUGCCCACCCCACCCUCUGUUUCCGUAGUGCCCCAACUCCCGCCCUCACAUGCAGAGAAACUGCUCCUCUGGUGGACAUGCGGGGGAAGAAGUGUGGUCUAACUUAUUCCAAGACACCGAGGAGUCUUUUUUAGCUUUGUGUUUACUUUCUGGCUGGAGCAGAGAUGAGGAAUGCCCGGGCCCUGUGCUACAGGACUUCUCACCCGGGGUGGGCUUUAAGGUUUUGUUGUGUUCUGUUGAAGGUGCCAUUUUAAAUUUUAUUUUUAUUACUUUUUUUGUAGAUGAACUUGAGUUCUGUAACUUACACCUGGAAUGUUAGGAUUGGUGAGGCCAGCAGCGACCAAGCUGCCUGGCAGGGUUGGUCCCUUGUCUUUUCAAGUAAUUUUCAUAUUAAACAAAAACAAUGAAAAAAAUCUCAUAAAAAGGAAAACCCCA